AUGGUCCGUCUCACGGUGGAGCUGAUUGAUAAUGCUCCACAGUUCAUCAACACGGUUCGGGAGCGCGAGCUUAACUUACGUGGCUACAAAAUCCCUGUGAUUGAAAAUAUGGGUGUUACAAAGGAUCAAUUCGACGUCAUUGAUUUGACCGAUAAUGAUGUGAAGAGGCUGGACAACCUUCCGUUGCUGAAGCGAAUACAUACUCUUUACCUGCACAACAACAGAGUCCACUACAUACAGCCAGACAUUGGGGAAAAGCUACCAAACUUAAAAAUUCUUGCUCUCACAAAUAACAAUAUCACGGAAUUAGGUGAUAUUGAUCCGCUAGCGAACUGCAAGAAGUUGGAAUACAUCACCUUCAUUGGAAAUCCCAUCACGCACAAAACCAAUUAUCGUAACUAUAUCAUCUACAAAUUACCUUCUGUACGUGUAAUUGACUUCAAACGAGUGCGAUUGGCGGAAAGGGAGGCGGCUCGUAAAAUGUUUAAGGGAAAGAAAGGUCAGAAGAACCGUGAGGCUAUCAAGAGAAGCACGAAUGCUCCAGCUGACAUCGAAAACGGUGAAACCUCUAGAGUGAAUGGAUCUGUAGCACUUACUCCAGAAGACAGAGUAAAGAUACAGAAUGCUAUUGCAAGCGCGCGAUCUCUUGCUGAGGUGGAACAUCUACAGUCAAUCCUCGCAAGUGGCCGUGUUCCUGAAAGAGGUUGGAAUAAGCAGAUGCUACUUCCCAGUGAUGUAGCGACUGUUUCACAGGAUGGAGGGUUCGUGCCUGAGACAGAGGAUUCGGAAUACUCAGCUGCUGCACGUGACAGUGUGACUGGUAUGGAAUUAGAACAGCAUGAACAGAAUGGAAAUCCUCCUCAAUAUGGCAACGCUCCAAAUGGUAAUGGACAUCGUGAACCUGAUGGAGACGGUAUGGAUAUAGAAGAUGAUUCUGGGUCUGCUAAUGUAUAA